AUGUCAGUUCCUUCAUUAACUAUAAGUAAGGGAUUGGAUCCUAAAAGUCAAGAAGAAGAUUUUGUUCAUAAUGUCUAUAAUGAAAUAGCGCCUCAUUUUUCACAAACUCGUUAUAAACCAUGGCCUAUAGUAGAAAAAUUUCUUAAAUCAAGAGAAGAUUAUUCUGUAGGUAUAGAUGUUGGAUGUGGGAAUGGUAAAUAUUUAGGAAUCAAUGACAAGUUAUUCAUGAUUGGUACUGAUAGAUCAGAUGGAUUAAUCAGUUGUGCCCAAGAGUUAUCAAAAAAUAGUUAUAAUGUUGGCGUAGCAGAUGGUUUAAAUCUACCACAUCCAAAUGAUUCACUUGAUUUUGCUAUCUCCAUCGCUGUUAUUCAUCAUUUUGCUACAGAAGAAAGAAGAAUAGAAGCUAUAUCACAUGUUCUUUCAAAAUUAAAAAUUGGAGGUGAGUUUUUGAUCUAUUGUUGGGCUCUUGAACAAGAAAAUUCGAGAAGAGGGUAUAAAGAAGGAGAUGAGCAAGAUAUUUUGAUCCCAUGGGUGCUUGCUAAGAAGCAAGAAAAGAAACCAAAGCAACCAAAAAGGAAAAGAAGAGGAGAAAAUACUAACAAUAAUGAACAAGUUGAACUAGAAGAAUCGACUCCUGAAGUUGCUGAAGUUGAAGUAGUAGCUAAAGAACAAUUAGAAGAAGAAGCCAAACAACUGCAAACCAAAUAUAGAUAUUAUCAUCUAUAUAAAAAGGGGGAAUUGAUAGAAAAUGCUCUUAAAACAAACCACUGUACUAUAGUGGAAGAUGGUUAUGAAAAGGAUAAUUGGUGGGUCAUAGUUAAGAAGAUAUAA